UCUUCAACCGUCACACAUAAAGCGACAUAAUGGGAUCCUGCGCAAAACACAUAGCAGACGAAAUCGUUGACCAGCGCUCUAUUACCGAAUCUGGUACUUGCAACUGAGCGCCGUUUCUACUCCGCAUUCUGACUACAUAUUUACAAAAGCUGAGCACCUUUCCUAAGCUUCUUUCUGUUCUAAGGGGAUGGGGGAAUGAUCAACCCUGACUCCCCAUCUCCAGCUCAGUUGUAUCAGUUGUAAGAGCGCCUUGCAGUAUGCCAUCCCCGAGAAGAGGUGUCGAUCACCGACCGAGAACCGCCGCCACGCUUCUAACCCAGGUUGCUGUCUUUGCAACCUUCGUUGCUAUGAGCGCAUGCAUGCAAGGGUCUUCUUCAGUAUGCCCGCGGAGCUUAGACUGUGCCCGAGCAGGGCGUCAUUUCUGCCAGCCGGGCAGCUCACACUGCGGCCCCUGCCUCAACCCGCUGGUAGAGAACUCACAUGGCAGAUGCAUAGUGAAGAGGAGACACGCUCACGCCUCCCAUUUUGCGGGCAAAGUGACCACGUUCCCUGAAGUGGAUGAGGAGAUAGACUUCCUGUCCACCAUCAUCAGCCAACAGAAGGAGUCAGGGGUCAAACAUCCAGCUCCUCUCUCUCAGGACUUUUCCAAAGCCGAGGAGGAAGAUGACCGAUCCAUGAUCCUCACCCAACGGCCUACCACAGAGCAGCCUACGACACACAAUACCACUACAGCCCCGUAUAACACGACUACAGCCGCCCCCACAAUGACGGCCCUCACCACCACCACCCACAUCCCAGCAGWCCGUAGUGGGCCCCUGAUCAUCCCUUACCCCUCCAACGAUCAUGUGUUUAUUGUCAUGACCAGUGUGUUUGUGGUCAUGGGAUCUGUGGCCUUGCUCUUGGCUGGUGUCUGUUGGAUCAGGUUGCAGAGAGGUGUGCGCCUGGCUCAGAAGGCAGACUACCCUGCKUAUGGGGGUAUGGGGCCCCAUUCCUAUGACAACAAUGUGCCUGGGGAUAAGAGGCUGGCUCAGAAUGCCCAGAUGUACCACUACCAACACCAGAAACAGCAGAUGCUCUCCCUGGAGAAACACCGGGAUGAACCAAAGGUGCCUGACUCUGGGGCCACGUCAGAUGAGGAGAAUGAGGACGGGGAUUUCACGGUGUACGAGUGUCCUGGAUUGGCCCCAACGGGGGAAAUGGAGGUGAAGAAUCCUUUGUUUGAUGAUUCCACCCUUCAGCGGAGCCACAAGUAACCCUGACAACCCUGGACAUUUUGAUAUGUACCUAUAAAAGAUAUCAUCCUACACGUACAGGAAGAUCAAAUCACACUUAAUUACUCAAACACCUACAAAUACACAUCGGGUUUCUCUAUACUAGCCUGUCUCACAUGAUACACUCCUAACACGGUAGGGCGGCAGGUUUGUAAGGAGAGAAGGAAUGAGCRGAAGUUGUGAGAAAGACGGACUUGAAAAGGAGGAGGAAGAGAAGUGGUGGACCGUAUGGACAUUGUAUCUGAACGGCAGAUUGAAGUGGCAUGCAGGUGAAUCUCCUCUUGGAUCGGACUGAUAUCUGGGACCCAUGACGUCUCUCGCACUUAGAAAACCUACACGAUAUUGUACCUUUCCGUCUGGCCUAAAAUAUCCAUUCCUUCGUAUUUUGUUAUGUUUAUCUUAUCUCUGGUGUAAUUGAUCCUGUAAAAUUCUCUCCGUUUCUUUUCUGUCAAACAUGUGCACACAUCAACCAACAAACUGACUGAGAGAUUAGUGUGUAUGAUGAUGUAUAGCAUUCUCCAAGUACUGCUCUCCCCUUCAGUCCUUUGCGCAGUGUCACCCCUGUACAGAGGAACUUCUGGGUCGUAUUCACUAGAAAUCAAACAGAAGAAAACUGACAGAGGGACUAUACCUGAACUUUUCCA